AUGGUCGUUCUCAGCGCCGCCGUCACCACCAAGGCGGGUAAAGUAGUGCUUUCCCGCCAGUAUCGCGAGCUCAGCCGCAUCCGCAUCGAAGGCCUCCUGGCCGCCUUUCCCAAGCUCAUCGGCACCGAUCGCCAACAUACUUAUGUCGAGACCGACAACGUGCGCUACGUCUAUCAACCAGUCGAAACGCUCUACGUACUUCUUAUCACCACCAAGAACUCCAACAUCGUAGAGGAUCUUGAGACCCUCCGUCUACUGGGAAAGAUCCUUCCCGAGUACUCCCCGCGUUAUGGUGUCGUCGACGAGGAAUCCGUCAUGGAAGCCGCCUUUGAAAUCAUUUACUCCUUCGAUGAGGUCAUCGACUGGGGUGGCCUUCGCGAGAAUGUCGAUCUGCAACAGAUCGCUACAUUUACCGAAAUGUACUCGCACGAGGAGCGCCUGGUCAAGAUGAUCCAAGAGAGUAAAAUGGCAGAGGCUAAAGAGGAGCGGAAGCGACGUGAGGAGGAGAUUCGUCGCCAGCGUAGCGACGGCGGCGAUAGACUAGGCAUGCUCGGCAAUGAGCUUGGCAAAAUGCUCCAGGCUGGAGGCAUGGGAAGUUUUGCCCAGGAUCUCGGUCUCACAGGUCUCCAAAACAAGGCUGCUGCGAACGCUGCUUACGCUGCCGCUGGAGGUAUUUCAUCAGAUUCUUACGCCCAGCAGCAGUCGACAAUGGGUAUGGGCGGUGGUGGUGGCAUGGGCAUGUCGGGCAUGGGUUCCCAGAUGGGCAUGGGUAUGAACAUGCGCAACGUCAUAUCUAGUUCCUCAGGGUAUGGCCGCUCCAAUGCAGGGCCGCCCCCAGUUGCUGGCACAGCCGCGAAGAAAGGCAUGUCGCUUGGCAAGGGCAAGAAGCAAGACAACAUUUUGGAUUCGUUGCGUGCAGAAGGAGAAGUCGUUGACGCUCCUGUAUCCCGUCUGAAAGGUGCAAAGGCCAACGCGGCGGCUGCCGCUGCAUACGUUCCACCGAGUCAAGCCAUUCAUCUCGCAACUAUCGAAAAACUAAACCUUACCGUGUCGCGGGAUGGCGGGAUCCAGAACAUGGAAGUCAAAGGAGAUCUCAUGCUCCGCGUCACUGACUCUGCAAAGGCUGGUAUUCGUUUGCAGGUUAGCACUGGUGGUGCCGAGUCGAACGGCGUGCAAUUCCGUACACAUCCAAAUGUGGAUAGGACUUUGUUUUCGACGCAGGGACUCAUUGGUCUCAAGGACCCGAAGCGGCCUUUCCCGACAGGGAAUCCCCUUGGCGUUUUGCGCUGGAGGCUUGUAACAAAGGAAGAAGACAAGGCUCCACUACUGAUUAACUGCUGGCCAAGUGACAAUGGUGACGAAUCAGUCGUAAAUAUUGAGUACGAGCUCGGAGCGAGCAAGGAACUUAGGGAUGUCGUUAUCACCAUCCCUAUCGGCACCAGCAGCCAACCAACGGUGAAUCAGUGUGAUGGCGAAUUUGUAUACAACUCCCGAACUCAAAGCGUGGAAUGGCGUCUGGCAAUGAUUGACGAGAGCAACUCCCAAGGGUCACUUGAGUUCUCUACAGGCCCCACUGAUGCCAACGCCUUCUUCCCGAUCAAUGUCUCGUUCUCUAGCAAAUAUACGUAUGCCCCAAUAGUUGUCUCUCAAGUCGCCCUAGUCUCGUCGGGCGAACCCGUCGAGUUUGGACACGACGUAUCUCUUGUACCGGACACAUUUUCUAUUGUCUAGGUUUUCUAGGAUCAGCAACUCUAAUUGUGUCAAAUUUCUUAGUUGAGCACGCUGCUUGGAUGUAAAAGACAAAAGUGAGCAGUCAUCCGAGGUAA